UCCGUUUGUUUGUGUAAUUUCGCGCGCUUUUGUGUCGCCCGCUGUCCGGACGUCUUAUAUACCAACGGGUCGGAAAAUCGGGUUCCAAAAAAAAGGGAUUUAAAAAGGCGUGAGAUUUGCGGCCAACUGCUGGACGACUGCCAGUGGACUGAAAUCUUAAUUAGCCAUUUGAUGGCAGUUGGCAGACAACAAAGGCUGAUGUUCUUUUCCCGGAAGCAUCCGAAGCAGCAGCAGCAGAAGGAGGAACUGUAGCACAGCCGAAAGCCGAUCAACAGACCAUUCAGCUUUGAGUGUUUUAUGGUCCCGGAGUGGCAGCGACAGCCCUAACAACUAACUAACAAGAACAACACCGGCUUAGGGCAGCAGGAAGUAUCAACACGAGCCAAGGAUACAAAGCAAUCUAUAAAGAUGGCCGGCGGGGGCAGGACAGCCGGCAAAUACGGUUAUUCGGACAACAAUUAUUACAGUGGUCACUCGUACAAGGACAUCAACGACGAGAUUAUCCUGGUCAGCAUCAUAAUGGGGAUUACCAUACUGGUCCUCAUCACCAUCGCCCUGUGCUACAUUGCGUAUGAGAAAUGCCAGAAGAAGCGGGAAUAUUAUAUCAACGCCUAAGGGGCUUCCUUCGGAAUUGCAGGAUAUGGCUUCCGUUCCUAUUGUCCUGUGUUUGUUUUCCCUUGCAGCGGUGGCACUGCAAGGCUAAAUGUCAACACGGUCUACGACAAUGUUGACGUUGACGAUUUAGUUGGCCAACAAAAAUAAACCAGAGUGGCUGCAACCGGGCCACAUUUUUCCACCCCUUUUCCCCCAGAAAACCCCGGCAGACACGUACACAAAUCGGAAGGCAGUGGAAUUUGUGCCGUUUAAACGUUCCGCCAUCUCUGUUGGUUUUGCCACAGUUGCAGUUUCUCAAGUGUCAGGAAACAUGGCUCUAUUGUUUGGCCACUGUGCACAGUGGGUUCCACUUGGCACUUGACAUUUGUCCAGCCAAUUAGGCGUUCGCCAUUUUUUCAGUCGUUGUUUUUUAAGAGCUCGUUUGGAAAAAUAAUCAGCACAAGGGAUAGCUUUGUGUUUGAAUAGCACUUUUUAAAUGUUGCACUAUUUCGCAUUGCCAGACAGAGACGUUUUUAAGAGAUCCAUAAAUUCGUGUUUUUAUGCCGCACCCGGGCAUUUCAAUUUAAAAUGCAAUGCUCUCGUAUUCCACCAUGCAGUAACCUUUUGUUUGUCAAACCGAGGAGGAAUAAUAAAAAAGAGCCAACCGAAACCUCACACCACACAAUAAUGGCAGCGAAAGAAAUAUAAGCGAUUCUUUUGCAAGUGCGCUGUGUCGAUAUUGUUGCCUUCCAAAACUGAAUGGUGGAAACAUUGUGCAUAUGUAUCACUGAGAAAUAAAUUCUGAAUUAUUUAGCUAUAACUUUAUGAUUAAAAUGUACAGAUGAGACAGUACUAAAAUCACAAACACAAAGUAUGCAUGAUCCAUUCUAUUCAUUUUUUACAGAACAAUGUAUACGAACAUUGAAAAUAUUUUUUUAAUCUCAACCACCUAAAAAACAUAUGAAGUUUAAUGAAAAUAUAAAAUGAAAUAGAAAACUUUUAUUAUUUCUGUUAAAUUUUCUUUCUCAUAAA